AUGGCUGCACCAGCUGUGGGUUGGGCAAUUAAUAAGUUGGAUACAUUAUUAACCGGAGAGGUGAAACUACUCAGAAAUGUCCAUACAGAGCUUCAAGGCAUCAGAGAUGAACUUGAGUCAAUUGAAUCAUUCCUAAAAGAUGCAGAUUUGUGGUUUUAUCAAGAAAAUGUGGACAGCCGUUUCAAGACUUGGGUGAAACAAGUCGCACGGGUUGCUUUCCAAAUAGAAGAUGUCAUUGAUGAGUACAUGCUUCAUGUUGCACGCCACCGAGAUCAACAUGGCUUUCUGCAUAAAAUCACUCGACUUGUCACGAAAUUAAAGAUACGUCAUCGCAUAGACUCAAAGAUCCAAGAUCUCAAGAAAUCAGUUCGUGUAAUAAGGGAAAGAAGUGACAGAUACAACUUCAAUUCUUCAUCAGAGCAAGGAAGCAGUGAUAGGCAUAACACACGGCAUGACCCUCGGGUUCUUUCCCUUUUCAUUGAGGAAGCUGAACUUGUUGGUAUUGAAUCUCCUAAAUCUGAAUUGACAAGCAGAUUAGUAGAGGGAGCUUCUGAAAUUGCUGCCAUCUCUUUGGUGGGCAUGGGAGGAUUAGGAAAAACCACUCUUGCCAAGAAAGUAUACGACUCAAAAAUAGUCACUGCACAUUUUGAUUGCAAGGCUUGGAUCACAGUGUCCCAAUCGUACAAGGAGGAGGAGCUACUAAGGACCAUGAUACGAAAACUCCAACGCGAAAAUAUGCUACCUGCAUUCGGAAUUAACAUGAUAAACGAGUUGUCGCUAAUUCCGGAAUUGAGAGAAUAUUUAAAAGAAAAAAGGUACAUGGUGAUCUUUGAUGAUGUUUGGGGUAUUGAUUUCUGGGAAUAUAUAAUGACAGCGUUACCUGAUAAUGGUAAAGGCAACAGAGUUAUGAUCACAACUCGUAAUUAAGGUGCCGCCCCUUCUCCUUUCAGACUUCAACCUCUGCCUGAAGGAGAAGCCUAUGAGCUCUUCUGCAAAGAAGGUGUUCCGAUCAAAUGGUGGAAAUUGUCCAUCGCAGCUGGAACAGUUGUCUCAUGCCAUUGAGAAAAAAUGUGAAGGUUUGCCCCUUGACAUCAUGACAAUAGGUGGUGUAUUGGCAACUAAAGAUAAGGUUGUUUCAUAAUGGAAAAAAAUCUAUUAUGGCCUUAGUUCCUUUCUGGAAAGUGAUCAACGACUCUCAAACAUCAUAAAAUUUUAUCACUAAGCUUUGAUGAUCUGCCUUACUAUUUGAAAUCUUGUUAUUUGUAUUUGAGCCUAUUUCGAGACGGCUACUCCAUUCGUUGCUCGAGAUUGAUUCGAUUAUGGAUAGCUGAGGGCUUCAUAAAAAAAACAUAUGGCAGAAUAGCGGAAGAGGUAGCUGAAGAAUACUUUAAUGAACUUGUUAAUAGAAGCUUGGUUCAAGUAGAAAAGUUUAGUGUUCAUGGUAAGGCUAGAAAAUGCAGGGUCCAUGAUUUGUUGCGAGAGAUAAUUCUUUCACACUCAAGAGAGUUAAACUUUCAUCAAGUUUCAAUUGAGAAUUAUUUAGGUUUGGAAGGAAGAUGCUGGCACCUUUCAAUUGAUGCCACAGUGAAUAACAUUUCGGAGAGCAACAACGUUUCUCAAACUCAUUCUAUUAUUUU